UGCCUAAUAUCUUACUAGAUGGCCUGCAAACAUGGUUUGCUGUUGCAACACAGGAAACAGCAUCCGUGUAAAGAUUGUUUUUGGAGAGUUUCUUUAUUUUUAUAAGUUGUAUUCUUAUCUUAUAAUGUGGAGAUAAAAAUAUGCCACCUAAACGAAAACUUCGCCGUGAUGAUAGUGAAUCCUCUGAAGACCAGAACUCUUCUAAGAAAGUGAAACAGGUAGAGAAAUUAAUCGAAGAUGAUGAAGGACAAGAUUUGAAUACACAAGCAGUUUACAAAGAAGUACUUGAUCAUAUAUACAAACAAAGAGAUCAUGACGAAAACCGUCCUUUGUGGAAAAUGUUUGAUGUGUUGCCAUCAAAAGAGGAAUUUCCAGUGUACUAUGAUUAUAUUGAGAAUCCAAUAGAUUUAAAAACAAUCAAAAAACGAAUACAGACGCAGCAUUAUUCUUCAAUCGACGAGCUGGAGAGUGAUAUCCUUCUUUUAAUUAGCAAUGCUCAUGCUUUUAAUGAACCAAGAUCUCAGAUAUCAAAGGAUGCCACUUGCCUUAAAAGAGCAUAUUAUGCAAAACGAAGUGAACUCAACAGAACUGCCAGUGGGUUGAAAAUUAACAGGCGAGGAAAAUCUAGAAAAGCAUCUCGGACUACAUCUGUAGAUUCUGAAAUAUCUGAAGUAUCAGAAUUUACUGAAGAUGAUAAAGAAGAAAGUGAAGACACGACUCCUGCACCAGUGAAAACAAAACGGCGUCAUCAGAUUGCAGCUUGUGAUUUGUCAAGUUUUGCAGCGACAUCUCCUUCUCAAGCUGUAUCUCCAUCAGAAUCUAAAGAUGAUGGUCUUAUUGGACAAAGUAUUGAAUCAAAUCCGUUUGCAUUAUUGUAUGAUAUGCUAGCUGCUUUUGUGGAUCCUGCAACUGGUCGGAAACUGUCUACGUCUUUUUUAAGAUUGCCUUUGAGAAAAUCAUAUCCAGACUAUUAUGAAGUAAUAAAAAGGCCAUUAUCUUUGGGAAAAAUCAAAACAAAAAUUAAGGCUUCAUACUACUCUGAUUUAAACAUCUUAGAAAAAGAUUUAAAUUGUGUUUUUGACAAUGCUCAACAAUAUAAUCAGCCAGGAAGUUCACUUCAUUCAGAUGCAGUACAGCUACAAAAUUUCAUGCGUGAAAAGAAGCAUGAGAUAGAGAUUACACAGGAGUAUAUUGACAUGAGAGAACUUUUGCCUAAAAAGUCAAAGAGAGUUUUGAAACGUGGUCGUCCCCGGCUUGUUAAAACAGAAAGUGGAGAAGAAUUACAAAGUCCUGUUGCGGUUAAAAAGCGUUCUCAGCAAUCUACACCGGAUAACAAUGAUCCAAAGUCCCUCUCCAAACGAUUGUUGUUGAUGUAUAACUGCAUAUUGGAUUAUAAGGAUUCUGAAGGAAGAAUGCUUUCUGAAAUGUUUCUUGAGUUGCCUGAUAAGAAAGAGUACCCAGACUAUUACAAAGUGAUUCUGAAUCCAAUUGAUAUGGAAAUGAUUCGUGAGAGAAUCGAAAGAAACCACUACAUGACUGAAAUGGAUUUUAUCCAUGAUUUUGAAAUUUUAUUUCAAAACGCACGACAUUUUAAUGAAGAAGACUCAGAAGUGUAUGAGGAUUCGAUUAUCUUAGAGAAAGCAUUGAAAAAGAAAAGACGUUGGUUGAGUCAUGUUACAGAUGGAAAAAAUGCUAGUCCAAUGAAACCACCAAGGUCAAGCAACUCUCCUGCAUUGUUAAAAAAGUUGCAAAGUGGACACUGUUUAAAUAUAAAUCAGGAGCUACUACAGUACAUCAGAAACUAUGUGGAUGAUACAGGAAGGUGCUUGGCAUCAAUAUUUGAAAGACUUCCUACCCGAUCGGAAUACCCAGAUUACUAUCAGUUAAUAAAACGACCUAUUGAUCUGGUUUACAUUUCAUCUCGUGUCAACAAGUAUGCUAGUUUGGAUGACCUGGAACAAGACCUCCUUUUGUUGUUCGACAAUGCAUGUCAUUUUAACGAGCCUGAUUCUCAAAUUUAUAAAGACGCACUGACACUCCUCCGUGCCAUGAUUGCAAAGAAAGCAGAGUUGCAACCAGAUAUGGAAAGUCACAUGCCAGAUGUUCAAGUCUUAGUGAAAAACUUAUUGCACAGAUUAUACACAAAUGUCAUGAACCACACUGAUGAAGAAGGCAGGAACUACAGUGACUCACUUUUAGAAUUAAUGUAUCAGCCAGAUGAAAUCUCUGAUGAAGCAAAAAAGAGGAAAGCCAUAUCUUUACCUAUUAUUGGUCAGCUGUUAAAAUUGGGAUUUUAUAAAAGACUGGAUCAACUGCAGGAAGACAUAUUCUCAAUAUUGAAGAAGGCAAGGGAAGAUGGCAGAACUGAUUCAGAGAUGUAUGAGGAUGCAUGCGAAUUACAAGCCUAUUUCACACUUGAACGCGACCGACUCACCAAAGAUGGCUUACGGUUGAUGUCACCAGCCUUAAAUUUCACAGUAAAGAACAUUCAGCAUGAAAUUGAUGAUGAGAGGAAAGAAAAGUUGCGAAGCGAAAGCAAAGUGGAGGAUAAUGACGAAGACGAUGAUGACAGAAGAAGAAGUAAAUUGCUUUCCCGCAGUAUUAUGACCGUUGAAGUGCAACCUGAUGAAGAUGGUUUGUCAUAUUUACAGUCACUGUGCGUGGAAGGUGUAACCUAUCGCAUUGGUGAUUUUGUUUAUGUCAAACCCGAGGAACUAAACAGGCCACCACAUAUUGUAUCCAUUGAGAAAAUUUGGGCGCAAAAGAAUGGCGCACAUGGUAUAUAUGGCUGUUGGUACUUUCGACCAGAGGCCACAUUCCAUUUGGCUUCGCGUAAAUUUAUGGAGAAGGAAGUGUUUCGUAGUCAGCAUUAUAGUUACAUUCUCUUCAGCGGUGUGAUUAGCCGAUGUUAUGUUAUGAAUGUAAAAGAGUAUGCAAAGAUGAAACCUCAGGGUUUCGUAGAAGAUGAUAUCUAUGUUUGUGAAUCACGAUAUAAUGGGAAAACCAAACUGUUCAAGAAAUUCAAGACUUCACAAGCUACACCAAGUCAUAUUGUUCUUGAAAAUCGAAGCAAGCCUUUAGAAAUCAAACGUGUUUCUUCCAUCUUUCUUGGAAAUGUUGACAAAAAAAGAGAAGGAGAAGGCAUGGAGAAAGAACAAAUUGUUCUCACAUCAACAGAAGGUUAUGAAUUACCGUUGGAGAAGCAUUUGGAAACCGAAGUUUCAAACUCUGAAGAAGGAUUCGUGUACUUUGAAAAAUAUGUAACAAACAAUGGUGAUGUGAAGAUAGGUGAUGGUGUUUAUAUCAAAUCUGACGAAGGCUAUCUUCUGAUGAUCAAGGUGGAUCGAAUUUUGAAAAACGCGAGUGGCACUGUGUAUGUGCAAGGGAAUCUUUAUGUGACACCAGAAGACACCAAACAUUAUCCCACGCAAUUUUUUUAUAAACAAGAAUGCUUUGAAAGUAACGUGGAAGAAGUUUGUUCAAUGUCGAAUGUGGUUGGUAAAUGUGCCAUCUUAAAUUUGAGAGAUUAUCAAUACAGUCGACCUACAGAAAUUUUGGAGAAAGAUAUAUAUUUAUGUAGUGCCCAUUAUAAUGAAGAUGAAUUAAAAUUCAGAAGGAAUGUUAAAGGUUUUAAGAAAUUCUACAGAAAGAGUCUGCGACAAACUCUCCCCUCGCACAUCCGAGAUGAUGAAUACUGGUAUUUUGAUCAGCCAGUAAACCCGAAACGGCGACCGUCGUUAUGGCUAACCUCUGGACCUGAACAAAAGGAAAGUGAUACGUCCAUCCAAAAAGAGCCUGAAGUCAGCGAGGAUGUUGGCUAUGCUCUCAUGAAGAAGGAAUACGCAGCGCAGUUAAUGAAGGAAAGUCCAGAACUUUCUGUGGAUGAAAUACAAUCUAAAACCAACGAAAGGUGGGAAGGUUUGACUAUUGAUGAAAAGGAAGUCUACAAAAGCAGAGCAAAAGCGCAGGGCUUGGUAGAGUCUUUGUAUGUGUUCGAAUGUCAGUGGUCACACUGUGAAUAUCAAUUUGAAGAUAUGCAGGAUCUUAUAAUACACGUAAUAGAAGGACCACACAUAUUUAAGUCAGCGUCUACUGGUAUGUAUAAAUGUGAAUGGAGAAGUUGUGACAGAAAGAAGCAUGAAAAGCAACCGUUUGGUAAUCAUUCGAGGUUAGUGCGUCACAUCAGAGAGAUUCACUUCAAAUGUAAACAAACAAAGAUUUCAACAAGUGAGAAGAGCAAGUUUUAUUUUCCACGACAUCAAUCAUGCGAUGACGGUUUUAAAAAUGGUAGUGAAGGCUCAGAACGGCCAUCAUCAAGAGCCUCCUCCACUGUGUCAUCCCUCUCUCCUUCCAAUCCUAUGAAAAACCAACAACAUCAAGCAAUGCUUCAGCAAAAAGCCAUCGGCAUGUUUCAGAAUACACCUACGUUGGCUGCACCGAACAUUCCGAAUGGUGGACCAAUGCAAAUACAUGCUGGGAUGUUUCCACCGUUUCGCAUGAACGGGCAGCAACUCCCUCAGCACGUAGUGCAGCAGCAAAUGUACCAACAACAGCUGAUGCUACAAGCUAGAGGUCAAAUGCUGGCUGCUUCUUCACCUGUACGUACACCUGGUAUGACUCCACCCAUCCAACAGCCACCUCAACCACCUGUACCUCAACCAGGAACGCCACAAAGUUUGUCGGUGGAACAACAACAAAUGUUGCUGACGCAAGUGCAACGUCAGCAACAACAAAUCCAGUCUCUACAACAGCAAGUUCAACAACUUGUUCAGCAACAACAAGAGAAGCCACAAGAAGAGGAGGAACCUGUGUUUGUUGCACCGCCGCCCACUACGAUGAAACUUCGUCAUUCUGAAGCCUAUCUCAGGUACAUUGAAGGUCUACGAGAUAAUAAAACAGCUUUAAGUCAUUGGAGUGAACAGUCUUCGACACCGCACCCGAAACCAAACAACCCCUUACCAACGCACUGGUUGAACAAAGACCACGGUUACGAUUCCGCUGUAGAUGCGUUGUGGGCGUUACGAGAUCACAUGUUACGAGAUGCGGUAACCUUAUCGAAAUAUGUGUGAAUAUGUCGUUACCUUGUCGAAACGGGUAUGAAGCGACACUCUUAAUUUAUUUGUUUGUGUUACGAACGUUUUUUUAGUUUUAUUUUGUAAAAUUUAAUCUGAAGUCAUUUUCGCGCGCUUUGGAUGGUGUGAAAGAUGUAGCUUUUGACUCGCUUUUAAAGGAAGUUUAUUUUUUGUUUUCACUGUCUCAAUUGAACAAUCCGGAAUUAUAAGUUGAAAUACGAGCUCUGUUUCAAUAAAGGUAUCUCUUUAAUCUCUUUAAUAAUAGCCGUAUUUUGUCUGUGUGUCCGCUUUAUCUAUAUUAUAACACCCUUUACGUCUGUCUGUCAUGCCAAAUGGUAAUCGCAGUAGUGAGGCACACGAAAUACGGUAAAUAAAGGCCGAACCCGUGGAUUUAUUAACGAGACAGCAACUCAGUUUUCGGAAAUUCUUAUUUGCCAGUUAGCAUAACCCUAACCAGACAUCUUUAGAGUCAAAAAUUGUUUGGUGACUUUGUUUGGUAUCCUCUUCUUAACAACAUAACGUGUAAUUACUUAGUUAAUCGUAGGGUUUAUUUAUUAUAUAUCAUUCAUUGUUUAUUUAGAAAAGAUUUUAUGCUUGAAAGAAAAAGAUGUAAAUUACA